UGCAUAACUUAAUACCCCAACUAUGCUCAUUUCAAGUGUAUUACUUUAAGAAAAUGUUUGAGUGUCAGAACUUUACCUGAAUAUAAGCUCAUUUUCACCUUGUCUUCCGGUUUAGGCAAAUACAGCGUCUGUGACACUGAAGUGUGCGUUCGACGAGCCAAGCUGAUCAGCGAGUCACUUAACACGUCCGUAGACCCGUGCGAUGAUUUCUACUCCUACGCAUGCGGUGGUUGGAUGGCCACGCACAGUAUUCCGGGUAGCGAGUCAAGCACCGGCUCUUUGGACUUACUGAAUGAUGAACUUCAAAAAACAUUGAAAGACAUUUUAGAAAACAUGGCCCCUGUUUAUGAGGACCAAAAUGUCUCGGACAAGGCUGCGGUUGCAUACAACGCCUGCUUGGCUGUUCCUACAAGCAAAGACCGAAGAGAUGUUGCGAUCAAACUGUUGAACGAAUCUGGUAUUGCACAGUGGCCUGCACAUAAUGAAAGCGAGGACCACACGAGAAACUUCGGAAACAACGUGGAUGUGCUCAGCAAAACAGGAAUACUCAGCAUCCUUCAAGUUUCCGUGGGAAGAGAUGCCAAAAAUCUGACCUCUCGCGUCAUUCAGCUCGACCAAGUGGAUUUCAGAUUGGUGGGAAGAAACCAGCUCAUACACCCGCAGGAUGAGUACAACAAGCCUAUAAUCAACGCCUACAAGAACGUCAUAAGAGCAGCAAUGAAAUUUAUGACACCCAAUCUCAGGGAGGAUCUACUUACGAAGCUUUCGAAUGAACUUGUAGACUUUGAAGGACGAUUAGCCAAUCUUACAGUACCUCCUGAAGAAAGACGCAACUUGAAGAAAAUUUACCACAGAACAACCAUCAAGAACCUUCAAAGAAACUUCUCGAACGUUCCUCUCCUGAAUUUACUGAGAAAAGAAUUUUCAAAAGCAAAUGUCAGCCUGAAUGAAAACGAAACGGUAGAAAUCUACGGAUUAGAUUACUACCGCAGGCUGAAUGAUUUUCUCCAGACUACCAAACCUGAUACACUGUACAACUACGCUGGGCUUCAAACGAUACUGGACUGGGUCACGCAUGUAUCUAAAGACACCUGGAAUGCAUCACUCGAACUGAGCAAAGUUUCUUCGGGAGUCUUGGAGGAGACUCCCCGCUGGAAAGUCUGCGUUGGCUUGGUGAAUUCCGCGAUGCGGGAGGUUGUCGGCUACCAUUACGUUCUACGCAAGUUUAGCGGAAACGCCAAGAAAGAGGUCGAAGACUUGGUCAGCAAGAUAUUGGGUGUUUUCAAGGAUAGGCUGCAGGAAAUUCAAUGGAUGGACAAUGAAACUAGAAAGGCUGCAGAGCAAAAGCUGAGAAAGAUGGGAUUGAAAAUCGGAUACCCGGAGUGGCUAUUUAAUAAGACUUACGUCGAGGAAUGCUAUAGAUAUGUACCAGCGCUGCUGCCAAACACCGCCUUCGCUGAAAUUCUGUACCGCAUAGCAACCAACCACUGGAUAAUGACGAUGCUGAAGCUCCGACAACCAUACGACAACAAUAAAGAGUGGGUUGUUGGCCCGGCUGUUCUGAAUGCCUUUUACAAUCCGAAUUCCAACGAAAUGGUAUAUCCCUCGGGCGUCCUUCAAGGCGUGUUUUAUGAGCAUGGACUUCCACGUUCCAUCAACUUCGGAGCCAUUGGUAUGGUGGUCGGGCAUGAAAUGACGCAUGGUUUUGAUGACACCGGCAGUGAGUUCGACGCCGAUGGUGCUUUGAAACAAUGGUGGACCAAUGAUACCCGUUCGCUCUUUUUGAAAAAGUCCAAAUGCUUUGAGUAUCAAUACGGAAAUAUCACCGACGAUGCUGCAAAUAUGAAGCUAAAUGGCAAAAACACUCUGGGUGAAAACAUUGCGGAUAACGGUGGCCUGCGCAUGGCCUUCAAGGCGUAUGAGAGGUUUCUCAAGAACGAACGUCGAAACGACGAUACUCGUUUGAGUGGCCUGGAGCACCUUUCCGGAAGAAAAUUAUUCUUCAUCGCCAAUGCUAUGGUUUGGUGCAGCCUGGCACGGCCACAGCACCUCAAACUACAAAUUCAGUAUGACCCACACAGUCCGAGUCACUACAGGGUGAAUGUGCCGAUGGCUAACAUGCCCGCCUUUGCGGCUGCGUUCAAGUGCCCGAAAAAUUCGCUUAUGAACAAAAAGAAAAGGUGCACCUUAUGGUGACAUUGGUAAAUCAUCAAAAAAAAUAGCACUUACAUUUCAAAGGCCAAGCACAAUUCCCUGGAUGAGUCACAGCAUUCUUUCUCACAGAAUAAUUGCGCAAUAAAAGGUAACGACUUUUUUGUCUGAAA